UUGGAGAGCUGGCAACAUCGAAACAAAAACAAAAAUCUUGUGUAUUUCAUUAAUUUUCAUGUUCAACACUUGCUUCAUUGGUGUUUUCUUAAAUGAUGAUGGAUCUUCGAUGUAAUUUGCAUAGAUAAUCAAGCUCUUCUGCAUGAAUACACUCGUGUACAUGAGUCUCUGACACACAUUGUGAACCCGGAAAUUGCAAAAUAAUUAAUUGUCAAAUUGAAAAAGAUCUGAAACUCUAAAGAAGAUGGAUAUCAAUCGGAGGAAAGCCUUACUGAGAGUUGCCUUUGAUAUUGCUGCGAUUGCAUGCGUUGCAAUACCUGUUUUGGUGCUGUUCGCAUUGGCUAAAGGGUAUAAGCGAGGCUUCUACUGUGAUGAUGAAAGUCUAAUGCACCCAUAUAAAGCAAACACUAUACCAACAUGGGUAGCUGGAUUUGUUGGGAUUGCUUUACCAUCUCUUACUAUCCUGAUACUAGAGGGAUUUAAGGCAUAUCGAUCUGAGAAGAAAAUGUUUACUUACUUCGCCAUUUGUUACAAGUUGUUGAUGCCAUUUUGUUUUGGUUGUGGUCUUACCCAGCUAACCACAGAUAUAGCAAAAUAUACAGUGGGUCGACUCAGACCCCAUUUUAUCACAGUUUGUCAACCAAAUAUAGCAUCGUGCACUGUAGAUACAGGAUUUUUAUCAGGAGAUGUAUGUACAGGAACAGACGAGGCUGCUAUAGCAGAAGCAAGGUUAUCAUUCCCAUCAGGACAUACUUCAGUGGCAUUUUACUGUAUGAUCUGGUUAAUUGUUUACCUACAGUUCAAAUUUACAUGGAAACGUUACUGGUUGAUAAGACCACUAAUGCAGGCUGGAGCGUUCUUCCUGGCUUACUACACAGGAUUGUCUCGUAUAUCUGACUACAUGCAUCAUUGGAGUGAUGUACUUGCUGGUGCCAUUAUUGGAACUGUUGUAGCUUUGUUAGAUGUAUUUUUCAUGUCAGAUAUUCAAACUUGGAGGAAGAGAAAAUGUCAGGAAUGUAGCUCCAGUCUACCACUAUAUGAACAAAAUAAUACAAAUGGAACAGGUACAUCUGUGGAGCCAUGAAAGCAUGAAAGAGCGAGCAGCUUAAAUGUGCAACAUAUCUUCAACCUUAUAUAUUUCUCUUUAUUACAUGAUUCCUUAUGUAAAUCUCUGGUCAGUAGUUUGUGCUAUUGACCAGGCUGUAAUUCUACUCAAAGUUUUGCUGUGAUAAUGUCAAAAAUGGAAAAGAAAACAAUAUGAAAAUUUAUUUUUAAUGUCAUGUAAUAGAACAGUUAUUGAAUAACUUGGCAGUAGUCAAAACUAUUGACUCUUGGGCCUUUGGACCUCAGGCAAUAGUUUUUGAAUAUUUACUGGCAAGCCAUUCAAUAAGUAUAUAAUGUCACAAAACAUACUUUGAGUAAUUAUGGUUUUAUAGUAUAUUCACCUGCAUUCAUGUUACAUUGUAGUAGGGUCUGAUGUUCUAGCAUAAAAUUGCAGCUUUUUGCAUUUUCAGUGGAUGUUUUAACUGGAGAUUAAUUGUGUGUUUAUAGAGAAAUUCCUGUGCUCACACACUGUUUACACACCUUUUUAGCUCGACUUUUUGAAGAAAAAGUAGAGCUAUUGCACUCGCGCCGGCGUCGCCGUUGGUUAAAGUUUUUAAUAAAGUCAAAUGUCUCUAUUACUAUCAAAGAAAGCAAUUGACUUGAAACUUAAUUAUUUACUAUCAAAGUCUACACCAGGAGAAACAAUCCAAAUAAUUCUGAUAUGAAUUUUGACAGAGUUAUGCCCCUUUUUAACUUAGAAUUUUUUGGUUAAAGUUUUUGAUAAAGUCAAAUAUCUCUGUUACUAUCUAAGCUUUUGACUUGAAACUUUAAAUAGUUAUUUAUUAUCAAUGUCUACACCAGGAGAAACAAUCCCCAUAACUCUGAUUUGAAUUUUGACAGAGUUAUGCCACUUUUUAACUUAGAAUUAUUUGGCUAAAGUUUUAUAUAACUUUUACUGGCAAAGCUCUAAUUCAGAGUCAUGCAUUGAGAAAAGCCGAGCGUGUUGUCUUACGGACAGCUCUUGUUACAUUUGUAUGUUCCACGGUAAAAAAUAAACAUAUAAUAGCCUAUAAUGCAUAAAUCAAAAGAAAAAGACCUCAGCGUGAUCAAACAAUGCUGAUACAUGUACUCCUGUGACAAAGUGUUCUUUUUUUAGCUUUUUCAAGGUUUUAUGCUAGAAUAGGUUUAGCACAUGUUUGCAUAGUGCUAUAACAUCUACAGAAUCUCGUAGGAUUAUUACUUUCACCUAACCGGGCUUGGGAGACAAACCAAUUCUUUAGAUUCUACAGAUAAAAAAACAUGAAAAAAAAGUGUUAACUAUACAAUCUCAAAGACUAUUGAUACUGUCCUGUCUGUUCCAAAUAAAAGCUGCCACAAUAUUUCUCUUCUGAAACUAUUAAAAGAUUGCAAGCAACCAUUCAAAAAAUGUUAUCUGCAAAAAAGUACAGCAAGAAGGGCGGUGUUUUUAAUAUAUGAUAAAUUUCAGCUCUUUCUUUGAAUUUUAGGCCUUCCAGACAUUACUAAGAUUGAAAAUCAAGUGAUAAGCAAAUUGUUUCUGUUUCAUAUCUAAUUAUUCAAUUUCCGUUGUUAAUAAUGUCAGCAAGGCUGAAAAUACAAAGUAAAGAGUUGAUACAGCGCUCCCUCUCUACAGCGGCCCUCGGAACAACAAUUCUCUCCUUGCAACAACAUUUGCUACUGACUCCAAAAUAUGCUUAUUGUUCUUUAUUUUACCUCUCUACAAGAACUCCCUCUGAACAACAACCAAAUUUUCCGUCUCCCAAAGGGUGUUGUUGUAGAAAGGAAGCACUGUAUUUGUAAUAUAUCUCAAGGAACGAUUUUAAUUCAUAUACAUCAAAAUCCUAGUCACAUUUUUAGCUCAUCUGAUUUUUUGCAACAGUUUUUCACCAUCAUAAGCGGACGCUGUACAUCAAGAAACAUAACUCUAUCCUGCUUUUUGCAAGAAUGAUGGCCCUUUUUAGACUUAGAAAAUCAUGGGUAGGACAAUAUUUCUAUUAUACAAAAAAAUCAGAUGAGCGUCAGCACCCGCAAGGCGGUGCUCUUGUUAUGAAAUAGUUGCAUUGAGUUGAAUGUCGGAUCUAUGGUUAUUAUGUUAACCCGCCAGUAGACCUGAGACUUGCGAAACUACAUAAAAUUCAGUGUAAAGACAUGACAGCUUUUUUCAGCUUGCUAUAUGAAAAAAUCGUUGCUUGAUACUAUAUGGAUUUGUAUGAUAUGUAAUUAUGUUUGAGUUGUGAAUUAUGGACAGGGUCUGCUACAGGUAAUGUACAACUUCUGAUGCAAAGUAUUACCCAGAGAAAGAACAAGUUAGUGCAUAUUUCUGGAUGCAAAGUGAAUUAUCUUUAUUUUACAUACUCAUUUACACUUAUAAAGUAUUGUACAUUUUUUUCCCUUAACUUAAGCAAACUUGAAAAUAUCAACAUUAAUAAACUUUGUAGACUACUUUGUGUGAUGUCACACAUGAUGUCGCAUGUCAGAUUUGAAAUUUACAUGUUACAUAUAUGAAGGUUUCUAACUCUAUUGUGAUGAGAUGUUUGCAUGUAUGUUUAGUGAAGGAUUAUGCCCAGUGUAAUUUUGGAAUUAUUUAUUUGAUCUAUUGUUUAAAGGUGCUAUUUAAAUCAUGUUCCAUUAGUUUGAACAUUUUCUACUUGGACAUUGAGAAGACAAUGCACGAAAAAGUUGAAGAUACUAAGGAAAAAAUGGUGAAAAAGAACAUUUGUUGAAAAUAAUAAUAGUUAACCUUUACCCUGCGUACCUUGCGACCAGUACAGACCAAGAUCAGCCUGCACUGUUCGCUGUUCAGUCAGUAAAUUUUCAGUGAACGUCCCUUUGAAUAAGAAGUGGUACUGCCAAAAUUGAAUGAUUGACCAGUCCAUUUUAGAAAUUUAGCAGAGUAAAGGUUAAUUUAUUCUAUUAAAGAGUCUAAGAAACUAUUCUAUAUGGUAUUAAUUUGUUUUCAGUGUUAUUCGUUAUACACAAGUGUGAAUUUUGUUGUGUGAUAAAGUGAAAUUUUGCUCAUUCAUUUUGCAAAUUUUGCAAGGUAUAAAUUGUAUGCUUUUUCUAAAACAAGUGACAUUAUGUAGUAUUGUCCAUGUUGGUCAGGAUAUUAUGUUGAUUGUUGAACAGUGAGAGAAAACUGUGUCAGUCAAACUUCAUAAUGAUUGCCUUUUUUGUAGCCAAACAGCUCCCAGUGACCUCGGAGCUAAUAGGUCAAAUUUGUUUUCAGUGUUAUUCGUUAUACACAAGUGUGAAUUUUGUUGUGUGAUAAAGUGAAAUUUUGCUCAUUCAUUUUGCAAAUUUUGCAAGGUAUAAAUUGUAUGCUUUUUCUAAAACAAGUGACAUUAUGUAGUAUUGUCCAUGUUGGUCAGGAUAUUAUGUUGAUUGUUGAACAGUGAGAGAAAACUGUGUCAGUCAAACUUCAUAAUGAUUGCCUUUUUUGUAGCCAAACAGCUCCCAGUGACCUCGGAGCUAAUAGGUCAAAGGUCGUUUUCAUGUUGAAACAGUUUGAUGAUAGUAUUAUAUCAAUUUUGACAGAAAUUUAACCAACUGAAUUACUUGUUUUAGGACUGCAACAGAACAAUUUGAUAGUAGUAGGUUUUAAUUCCAUUGUGAUUAGUCUAAGUGAUACUUUUUAGAAAAGCUAAAUAUAACCUUUAUGGUUUGAAAAUUUCAGUGUGAAAAUUGUUUGACAUACUAUGUGUUGAGCACGUAUCUGACUAAAUGUAGUGGACCUGUUAUGACACUUGACACUUUUCAUGUCAUGUUUUCUUUGCUAUAUUUUGCUAUAUUUGCUGUACACAAUUUUGGCAUUUUCUGGUUGGUACAGAAUGCCAUAUGUUAUUUUGAACUCCAGUAAACACCAAAGAAUACUUAAGUAGAAUUUGGAAAUUACAUAAUCACACAGAAAUUGCCGAGUAACAUUUACAGGUCCACUACCUUAAUCGAAACGCUGUUUAAAGUACAUGCAUCAACACAGUAUUUUUAGCUCACCUGUCACAAAGUGACAAGGUGAGCUUUUGUGAUCGCGUGGCGUCCGUCAACCGUGCGUAAACUUUUGCUUGUGACCACUCUAGAGGUCACAUUUUUCAUGGGAUAUUUAUGAAAGUUGGUCAGAAUGUUCAUCUUGAUGAUAUCUAGGUCAAGUUCGAAACUGGGUCACGUGCUGUCAAAAACUAGGUCAGUAGAUCUAAAAAUAGAAAAACCUUGUGACCUCUCUAGAGGCCAUAUUUUUCAUGAGAUCUUCAUGAAUAUUGGUCAGAAUGUUCACCUUGAUGAUAUCUAGGUCAGGUUCGAAACUGGGUCACGUGAGAUCAAAAACUAGGUCAGUAGGUCUAAAAAUAGAAAAACCUUGUGACCUCUCUAGAGGCCAUAUUUCUCAAUGGAUCUUCAUGAAAAUUGGUCAGAAUGAUCACCUUGAUGAUAUCUAGGUCAAGUUUGAAACUGGGUCACGUGCGGUCAAAAACUAGGUCAGUAGGUCUGAAAAUAGAAAAACAUUGUGACCUCUCUAGGGACCAUAUUUUUCAUGGGAUCUUUAUGAAAAUUGGUCAGAAUGUUCAUCUUGAUGAUAUCUAGGUCAAGUUCAAACUGGGUCACGUGCGGUCAAUAACUAGGUCAGUAUAUCUAAAAAUAGAAAAACCUUGUGACCUUUUUAGAGGCCAUAUUUUUCAAGAGAUCUUCAUGAAAAUUGGUCAGAAUGUUCACCUUGAUGAUAUCUAGGUCAAGUUCGAAACUGGGUCACGUGCGGUCAAAAACUAGGUCAGUAGGUCUUAAAAUAGAAAAACCUUGUGAUGUCUCUAGAGGCCAUAUUUCUCAAUGGAUCUUCAUGAAAAUUGGUGAGAAUGUUCAGCUUGAUGAUAUCUAGGUCAGGUUCAUAACUGGGUCAUGUGCGGUCAAAAACUAGGUCAGUAGGUUGAAAAAUAGAAAAACAUUGUGACCUCUCUAGAGGCCAUAUUUUUCACGAGAUCUUCAUGAAAAUUGGUGAGAAUGUUCACCUUGAUGAUAUCUAGGUCAAGUUUAAAAGUGGGUCACGUGCCUUCAAAAACUAGGUCAUUAGGUCAAAUAAUAGAAAAACCUUGUGACCUCUCUAGAGGUCAUAUUUUUCAAUGGAUCUUUAUGAAAAUUGGUUAGAAUUUUUUAUCUUGAUGAUAUCCAAGUCACAUGUGCUCAGAAACUAGGUCACUAUGUCAAAUAAUAGAAAUAACAACGUCGUUCUCCGUUCAACACUGGGUCAUGUGGGGAUAGGUGAGCGAUUCAGGACCAUCAUGGUCCUCUUGUUUGUACAUUGUUUUCUGCUGUGCUACCUGAUACAUUUAUCAACUUUUGAUGAUGAGAAGUAUACAAGGUCUGUUUAUUGAUUUUUUAGCUAAAUACCUAGAAUCCUCAGAAAACCUAUUGUAAAAGUUUAUAUUUACCUGUUACAUUCCUACUAUCUGUUAUUCCAUUUCCAUUCAGUUUUUUAGGUCUGCUUGACAAGUGCUUGUUCAGUUUUAUCAUUUUUAAACAGUGUACAUCUCAUUUCCUACUUAAAGUUGCAUUAUUCUUAUGAACUUAUUUUAGUUUUUAGCUCACCUGUCACAAAGUGACAAGGUGAGCUUUUGUGAUCGCGCAGCGUCCGUCGUCCGUCCGUCCGUCCGUAAACUUUUGCUUGUGACCACUCUAGAGGUCACAUUUUUCAUGGGAUCUUUAUGAAAGUUGGUCAGAAUGUUCACCUUGAUGAUAUCUAGGUCAAGUUCGAAACUGGGUCAUGUGCCUUCAAAAACUAGGCCAGUAGGUCAAAUAGCAGAAAAACCUUGUGACCUCUCUAGAGGCCAUAUUUUUCAUUGGAUCUGUAUGAAAGUUGGUCUGAAUGUUCAUCUUGAUGAUAUCUAGGUCAAGUUCGAAACUGGGUCAACUGCGGUCAAAAACUAGGUCAGUAGGUCUAAAAAUAGAAAAACCUUGUGACCUCUCUAGAGGCCAUACUUUUGGAUGAAUCUUCAUAAAAAUUGGUCUGAAUGUUCACCUUGAUGAUAUCUAGGUCAAGUUUGAAAGUGGGUCACGUGCCGUCAAUAACUAGGUCAGUAGGUUAAAUAAUAGAAAAACCUUGUGACCUCUCUAGAGGCCAUAUUUUUCAUGGGAUCUGUAUGAAAGUUGGUCUGAAUGUUCAUCUUGAUGAUAUCUAGGCCAAGUUUGAAACUAGGUCAACUGCAUUAAAAAACUAGGUCAGUAGGUCUAAAAAUAGAAAAACCUUGUGACCUCUUUACAGGCCAUACUUUUGAAUGGAUCUUCAUGAAAAUUGGUCAGAAUCUUCAUCUUGAUGAUAUCUAGGUCAAGUUCGAAACUGGGUCACGUGCCUUCAAUAAGUAGGUCAGUUGGUCAAAUAAUAGAAAAACCUUGUGACCUCUCUAGAGGCCAUAUUUUUCAAGGAAUCUGUAUGAAAGUUGGUCUGAAUGUUCAUCUUGAUGAUAUCUAGGUCAAGUUCGAAACUGGGUCAACUGUGGUCAAAAACUAGGUCAGUAGGUCUGAAAAUAGAAAAACCUCGUGACCUCUCUAGAGGCCAUACUUUUCAAUGGAUCUUCAUGAAAAUUGGUCAGAAUCUUCAUCUUGAUGAUAUCUAGGUCAGAUUAGAAACUGGGUCACGUGCCGUCAAUAACUAGGUCAGUAGGUCAAAUAAUGAAAAACCUUGCGACCUCUCGAGAGGCCAUAUUUUUCAAUGGAUCUUCAUGAAAAUUGGUCAGAAUUUAUAUCUUGAUGAUAUCUAGGUCAGGUUCAAAACUGGGUCCAAUGAGCGCAAAAACUAGGGUCACUAUGUCAAAUAAUAGAAAAAACGACGUCAGGUGAGCGAUUCAGGACCAUCAUGGUCCUCUUGUUCUACUAAUUACAUGAGUUGUGUGUGUUUUCCUGCAUAAAUUUAAUCAAAUGGUAUGAAAAUAAGUCAGUUGAAAAACUUUAUUAUGGAAAUAGCUGUGUGUGAAAACCAUCAUUGAAUGCAGUCUCGCCAUAGAUUAAUAUCAAGACUGCUGUCAGAACCAUCUAGUCAAGAGAUAAUUAGUAGCCAGGAUUUAUUUCUUGCAACUUUUAGAUUUGAGGAACAACUCGUUUGAAUUAUAAAGUUGUCAAGCAAAGAUAAAGACUGUCUCAUGGUUUUCUAUAAUUGACUUCAUUUCAACAUGGAACAUUUUAUUUCUCAUAUAUAUAAAAUGUUAAUCAGUUCACUUUACUUUGAAGUAUAGGAGUUUAGUGAGGACUUGAUGCAUCCUGUAUUAUAGUAUUAAAGUGCCAUCAGCAUCAGUCAUCACUAACUUUUCAGCCAGCCCAAAAUUUUACAGCAUUUUAGAUAUAGUAUAUAUAUACAUCAUACUACUUAAUGCAUCAUCGUGAUCAAAUCACUGCUUACAUUAGACACAUUAGUCCAGUGGUAACAUGCAGGACUACAAGACUAGUGGUCUAAGAGUUUGGCUCCCUGACUCCUCUGACUAAAAAAAUACCUGUGUAUGAGUGCUGUACACAUGGCAGGUUAAAUAACCAGGGAAGCUUCUUGAGUGUAGUGGCUUCUGUAUCUUGCACUUUCUCUGUAACAAAGAAAUUACUUACAUUCUUCAUGAGGAAAGUCAGUUAGACUAGUGUCUUCUAUACUUAAAGCAAUGUUCGUUUCAAAUUUUUAUUACCCAGAUGUCAUACCAAAUUUAUUUAAUGGCUAUAUGUCACUUCAGCGACAUAGGACAUUGAUAAAUAGAUAUAUUUGACGCACACAAAAGGUUAAUACUGUAUGCAGAGAAGGUUUCUUGUUUAAACUAUAACCAAAUUGUCAUUAGAAACUUAGAAUUGUUGAGGGACAGUAUAACAUGGGUGUUGCCAUUUGUUAUCCCUGCCGUUGGUUAAUUAGACAGAUGUUUUAUAUACAUUAUAUACUAGCAUAUCAUAAAUGUAUUAUACAUUACAUUGAUAACUGGGGCAAUGCCUUUCAGUUAAUGUUAUAGUUUACAUUUACAUAGUUUACAAAUAGUUUUCAUGAAUCAUUACAUUCAUGAUUGUCAUGUAAUGUACAAGUAAAUGUUAUGUAAGUUACAAGUAAAUGUCAUGUAAAUUACAAGUAAAUGUCAUUUAAUGUACAGGUAAAUGUCAUUUAAUGUACAAUUAAAUUUCAUGUAAUGUACAAGUUAAGUCAUUUACUAUACAAGUGAAUGGCAUUUAAUGUACAAGUGAAUGGCAUUUAAUGUACAAGUGAAUGGCAUUUAAUAUACAAGUAAAAUGUCAUGCAAUGCUCUUAUUUCAAUAAUGCACACAAGUUUUGAUGUUAAGGGUAAUUUGCUUCCCGGUCGUUCCGUUCACUAGACGGAACAUAUCAAAGGUACAUGUACAUGGUCCAUGACUUCAUAUGGGGUGUUGUCAAAACAGUGGCACUUAUCACUAAGCAGCAUUGCGGUUCAUACAGAUUGAAAAUAAUUUUCAAUGGAACAAACAGGGGGAAUGUAAAUAUUAUUAAGUGACCCUUUUAAAGGAUAUGUUCUUUUGGGAUACAGACAAAUCAACUCUUAGCUAGCCUGAAGUUUUUUCUUCAGUAGAUACCUAAACAUAUUUAUUUUCUGACAAAAUGAUUAUAAUAUACUUUUAUAAGGUAUUUGGAAUAUAUCUGGAGUGUAUCUAUUUAUAACUUGACUAGUAUGAAAUAUAAUAUAUAAAUCUAUAUAAACAACAUAUUGGACCAACAAGGAAGCUCCCGUUUUCCCAAACCACAUGUCUUUUUGAGCAUGUUGCAGUGUCUAGGUUUUCAAAUAAGAGGUUUUGGCAGUAUAGAAAAAUCAAGGUAUAUUAAUACAGAACAACAAAAAGUCAUUUUUUUAACACAAUUAUGUUUUACUUCAUGCUUCAAGAUAUUGUUUGAAUUUAUCAAUACUAUGCUAUUUUGUAGUUAUCAUUUUAUACAUUUAUGCUAUGCCAAAAUUGUUUUAUGUUAUACUUAAUAGAUUCACAUUAUUUGUAUACAAAUCACAAGUAAAUUACAUUCCUGUCUGUUUUAUUAAACAUUUUUGUAGGAUGUGCACCUGCCACCUUUGAACUUCUGCAAAUCUAUCUUAUUGUAGAAUUUAAAAGUUACAGUUCUAUAUCAAACUAGAUAAAGGUAUGACAAUCAUAUCACAGUGUUUCUGCCAGAUACAGUUUAGAGAUGGGCCUUUUGUUCAUUUCUCUGCCCUUUGCAGAGAUUUUAUGAAAGUACCCUUCCAGGACAAAUGCUUAUAUGUCAGUAUCUUGGCAGAAAGGAUCAUUAACAGACCUAGCCAAGUUUCGUUAGUGUCAUUUCUGUUGAAAUGUUUUUGCAGACUUCAAAACCAUUAUUAUUGAAUUUAAUUGUCUUUGUAAGGUAAGGUUUCAUAAUGGAUCAAGAUUUAGUUAAAUGCUUAAGGAUGGGUAAGGUUUAAGGACGGAUCAAGAUUUAGUUAAAUGCUUAAGGAUGGGUAAGAUUUAAGGACAGAUCAAGAUUUAGUUAAAUGCUUAAGGAUGGGUAAGGUUUAAGGACGGAUCAAGAUUUAGUUAAAUGCUUAAGGAUGGGUAAGAUUUAAGGACAGAUCAAGAUUUAGUUAAAUGCUUAAGGAUGGGUAAGGUUUAAUUAUUUAAGGACAUAUCAAGAUUUAGUUAAAUGCUUAAGGAUGGGUAAGAUUUAAGGACAGAUCAAGCUUUAGUUAAAUGCUUAAGGAUGGGUAAGAUUUAAGGACAGAUCAAGAUUUAGUUAAAUGCUUACGGAGGAAGCCGAGUCCUGUUUCCAGCUACAUGAUUUGUCUUCAAAUUUAAGAAUAUUUACAGCUCAGUAAUGUUUUUAAAAAGUUAACAAUCCUUAAUGUUCAAAUUCCGUGCUGGAUUAGAACAUUUUAAUGUCCUAAAAAAAGCAUGUAAAAUUGCUAGUGUUAUUUCAAAGGUGUGCACGCUACUACAUGAAAUUUGUCCAUUGAAUAGACAUUUACCUCAUUGUUGAUCAUAUCAUCUUUGUUACUUUUUACAUAACAGAACUAUUUAUAGGAAUAAAGUCGUUUCUUUAUAAA